AAAGGUGGUGGUGGUGGCCAUGUCCUAACUCUGACUAGUAACUAACGUAAAUGUUUCAUAAGGAAGAAGAAGAAACGCAGGAAUCGAAUCAACCAACUAACUUGUCUUUCAAAUUGUAAUGCUUUGCAGGACUCGAAACGGUGCCGUUUUCUCUCUUCACGCACGCUUUCUCCAUUCCCAUUCUUCCCAAACUCACCCUAAUUUCUCAAAUUCCUUCUCUCCCCCAAUCCCACGGAACGCAACCCCUCCCCAUGUCCUUCACCCUUCCUCGUUGCUCUCCGACCUCGUAUCCUGCGCCACCCACGGCGCCGACAUGGCUCGCGUUUUGUCCCGUCACGAGCGACACCUAACCUCGCAACUCGUGCUUCGCGUUUUGACGCGCUACAAGCACUUGGGUAGGGCCAAAACCCUUAAAUUCUUCUCCUUGGCAGGGACCCACAUGGGGUUUCGCUUCGACGACAAUGUCGUCGAGUUCAUGACCGAUUUCUUCGGUCGGAGGAAGCUCUUCGACGACAUCAAGUGCUUGUUCGCUACAGUGGCGUUUCACAACGGUCGAGUGUCGUCUAGGGCAUUGUCCACUUGCAUCAGGUUUUUGGGUAGACAAGGGAGAAUCAAUGAAGCAUUGCAACUGUUUGAUGAAAUGGAAACUGCGUUUAGGUGUAAGCCUGAUAAUCUUGUCUUCAAUAACAUGCUUUAUGUGCUUUGCAAGAGGCAAUCAUCUUUGGAGAUGGUUCACCUUGCACUUUCAAUUUUUCGCAGAAUUGAAGCCCCCGAUACGUAUUCCUGCAGUAACAUGAUUGUUGGUUUGUGUAAGCUCGGGAUAUUAGAAACAGCCCUUGAAAUUUUUUACCAAAUGGAGAAGAUUAGGGUUGUUCCUACACGUUCUGCUGUUAACAUGCUCAUUGGGGAGCUCUGUUUGUUGUGUGCAAAAGAAGGUUCUGUUGAGAAGGUGAGAGUGAGGAAUACUAGGAGACCGUGUACUAUAUUAGUUCCUAACAUUGGAGGAAAUCGUGGUGCAAUUCAGCCUGCAGUUCAAGUGUUUUGGGCGGUUUGUAACUCUGGUUUGUUGCCUAGUGCUUUUGUUGUGGUUAAGCUUAUGUCUGAGCUUUGUCGCUUGGGCGAUACCGAAGAAGCUGUUCGAGUUUUGAGGAUUGUUGAGGGAAGGAAAAUGACUUGUGUUCAUGAGGGAUACUCUAUGGUUAUAACGGCAUUCUGCGAAUGCCGGCGGGUGGAGGAAGCUAGUGAGUUGUUUGGGAGGAUGUUGGCUUGUGGCUUGAAGCCAAAGGUGGUUGUUUAUAAUUCUGUGAUAACCAUGCUGUGUAAAUUGGGGAAAUUGAAGGAUGCUAUUAGGGUCUUGGAGAUUAUGAAUAAGAAGAGAUGUCUUCCUGAUGGUUUCACCUACACUCCUCUGAUCCUUGCUCAUUGUGAGGGUAAGAACUGGAAGGUUGCGUAUGACUUGUUGAUGGAAAUGUUGGGAUUAGGAUUGAUUCCACAUUUUCACACUUACAAUUUGGUGGAGUGUCUUUUGAGAGAACAUGACCGGUUGGAUCUGUGUGUUAAAUUGGAAAGAAAAUUGGAGAACCAGAAGUUGCAGAAGCUGUGUAAAGGAGGUCAAAUAGAUGCUGCUUAUGAGAAAGCAAUGUCAAUGCUUGAGAAGGGUAUUCCUUUUUCAGCUUAUGCUAGAGACAUAUUUGAGCAUGAGUUUCAGAAGUGUGGAAAAUUAAAAAUAGCACGGCAGUUACUGGAGAGGAAGACUGAAAGAGUUCAGGAGCCUCAGGAGAUCAACAAAACUUAAUUAUUUAGAACAACAAAGAAAAUCCUUUGUUGUUGGAACAAUUUUGGGUUUUAUAGUUGACAUUUAUAUUUUACCACAUUUUUUUCCCCAUCCUUGUAGUUUCAGUUUUAGUUUGUAUUGUACCUUCUGAAAGUCUUGCAUUGUCCGGUAAAAAAUCUUCCAAAUUUAUCACUGUAAAUUGAAUAAAUAAAUGAAAAGAUUUUGCUCUUCAUUUUUUAA